AUGGAGCCCCGCCCUGUGACGGCGGAGCCGUCCAACAAACGGUCGCGAUCGCCUGGAGGCGAGCAAUUGCAGAUUCAUCAAACCAAGAUGGCGAAGACGCACUCGAACCAUCUGCAAAUCAACUACCUUGCGCGGCAGUACCCUGACAACCUCCCCUUGGUGUCACCAGAAGACACCAUGCCUGCAAUCAUUCAUUUGAUUGGCGAGUACGACGGGGUUCUGCAUCGCCACGAGAGUAUCGCGGGAAACCUCGGCGCAUGCCCACUCGGUCCGAUUCUGAUCAAGCGAUUCGAGCGCCUGUUUGAUGGACCGCCGCGCGUUCUCAAGUCGCACGGUAAAGACGGUCCCACGGUCACUUGGCUCGAUGUGGUUGAGUUUGUCAAAAGCAAGCCGGAGCAAUUCAACUUAGAAAAGUCGCGCAAUGGCGUGCGCGUCUGUCAGUUCUACACCAAGCAAUGCCGGGUGGAGAUCAGUGAGGAAGAUUUUGUCCUCAUUGCCUCGGGUAUGCCCCAAAAGAUGAUCCCUCCACAGCCUAUUAUCGAGGAUGAGGAGAAGGAACUCGGUGCGCUCGAGAUCCUCGAAAAGAACCUGCAGCAGAUCAUUCAAAUGGCCGACCAAGUCUCCGCGCGAGCUCGGCAACUCAGCUAUCGAUUGAAAAAUCGCCGCACCGCCAUUGUCAGUCGUCGUGAAAAUGACGCCUCUCUCAAGGAGCAAAAUCGCACCGCCGCGGCCGCUACAACCGAUGUUUGGCAAGAGAUCAAUAGUCAUGGACCGCGUAAUGGGCAGAGCCACAUGCCUCCAUUAGGGUUUGUGGCAGUGAAUUCGACCCGACCAGAUGGAGAGUCUGGCGAGGCCCACGUUCCUCCGCAAUUCAUGUUUCCACAAGCGGGCACAGAUAAUGUCACGAUAAUCAACGGCACUUCGAUCAAGGGUGCGUCACCCACCACUCGAGCCGAUUUGAUGAAGAAGUUUUUCACCACCGCGGACCGCCAGGCACGCGGAUACGAUGAAGUCACCGGCAACACGAAUCCCGUUCAGCCUCGUCCUCGGCCUCAGGCUCAGGUCUCCGACCCGGCCGAGUACAGUAUCUGGAACGGCAAGCCCCAGAAUAGCAGUCCCAGCAGGAACGGCAGCGUCCACAACGGCAGCGUCCACAACGGCAGCGUCCACAACGGCAGCGUCCACAAUGGCAGCGUCCACAAUGGCAGCAACAACGUGACCACCACGAGCUCGACUCCGGUCGCUAUUCCUGGCACCCCGUCCUCCCUGCUACCUCCCCCCAAGGCCACCACGCACGACAAGGAUGAUGGCGGCCCCUACAAAUUGGAGAUGGUCGCGCGGAUGGAGGAACUUCAGCGCGGGGAGCGUAUCAGUCCCCCGUGUGAUCGAUGUCGCCGUCUGCACAUGGAUUGUUUGAAGAAUCUGACGGCCUGCGCAGGUUGUACCAAGAAACAUGCCAAGUGCUCCUGGCGGGACGUCAAAGAGGAUGAAAUCCGCGCGCCAUGGGGUCCUUCUGGAUCGCGUGAGCCACGCGAGAUUCGGGAAUCGCAUGAUCGCAUGGAAGAUGGCCGUCUACCACCGUUGAAUCUUCCAGGGCUCGCGCCGGCCUCGGGCGCGCCGUUGUCAGCUGAGCGAGAGCGUUACGGGCCCGCGGACCGCUCUACACGGCCUUCAGAGACGCCUAGCGACCCACAAUACUCUCAGCUUGGUCGUCGGGAAUCUGCACCUGGGGCACCUCAGGUCGGGAUUGGACCAGGACCUGGCGUCUUUCUGGGUCCUACUGCACCUGACAAGUCUCCGCGGCGUGCGCUGAGCGAGACCGACGGAGCUCACGAGGAACAUUAUCCUCGCCAUCAUCCACAACAACCGCAGCAACAACAACAACAACAACAACAACAACAACAACAACAACAACAACAACAACAACAACAACAACAACAACAACAACAACAACAACAUCAUCAUCAUCAUCACCCGCACCAUCACCAACCAUCGCCCCAUGCAUCUCGUCAUACGGAGCGACACGCCGAUGAUGACGAUCCAGAUGCGAAUCAACGGCUGAUGCAAGCCAUUCUGGACACGGUGGAUCACCAUGCGCGAGUGGCUGCUGCUGUUCAAGAGAAAGAGCGGGACGCGGAGCGCGCGGGUGAGGGCCAGUCGCACCUCCACCGAGCCGGCAACGGCGAACGAGAGAAUGAGCGAGAGCGAGAGCGUGAGCGUGAACGCGAACGGGAACGUGAACAUGAUCGGGACCGGGAUCGAGACCGAGACCGAGAGCAUGAACGUCGCGCGGUACAAGCGUAG